AUGGGGCCUGUGUGUCUGAGUGUCUCUCCUCCGCCAUCUGGCUUGGGGGGAAACGCCGUAGGCGGGUUUGGGUGCUGGCAAUGCCGUCCCACGCGAGAUGGCGAGGUGCCAAGUGCGCUCGCACCUACACCAAUUCGUCGUAGUCUGGCGCCACGGCACCUACAGCCGAGCAGUCGUCAGGUUGCCAGGGACAGGGCACGUUGGCUCAUGCAGGAAGGGUGCGUUUGGCCGGCUGGAAGGAUUCGCGAGUGGGCCGUGGCUUGUGACGGCGCCGGCACAACUCUGUUGGGGGCUGUUGCUCGUGCAUGA